UCGUCAACAUUGUUAUUUUUUGUUAACAAAUUUGUUGGAAAAAAAGUAAUGUAAUGUAAUUUCAAUCAUCUAAAUACUAUUAUUAAGAUUUAUUAAUCAUUCAUUAUGAUCUUGAUGAAUUCGUGAAUCAGUAUACUACCCUAGUUUUUAGUAAUUCAAUUGUCAGAGUUCGCAAACAAAAUGGAAAGCUUUUCGAGUAAAUCGGAUAGCAAAAACAGCGAUGGGCUGAAGAAAGUAGUCUUCGAACCAUUAAGAAUCGGUCCUAUCUCUACACUCGAAGAAAUGGACAUCAAGGUUUUGAAGUUUCAAAACAAGAAAUUAGCCAUGCGGCUAGAAGAUCGUAAAAGAAUAGAGAAUGAACUUCGACAAAGAAUCGAACAAUUGGAAAAACGUCAGACUCGAGAUGACGCUGUAUUGAAUGUUAUUAACCGUUACUGGAAUCAGUUAAACGAAGACGUUAGAUUAAUGCUGUUACGAUUUGAUGCCGAAUCUGCCCAUGAUUUAGAAGCUCAAAGUGAGAGUGAAGCAGCCACGUCUUUCUUAAUGCAGCUUUCUACAUGGGAUAAGAAAGAACUAGACGAAAAAUUAGCGAAUCGAGUUCAAGUUUCUAAACGCGCUGUAGCUAAAAUUAUUCAAGUAUACGAUCGCUUAUUUUUAAAAUACGAGAAAAUGUUGCAUUUUUUAGAAACGUUGCCCGAUGUUAGUGUGGAACAUAUGGAUACUGAUUCCGACCCUAAUGUCGCCUCCAGUCUUUAUAGAACCAAGAAAUUAAUAUCGAGUAGUGAUCAUAACUCUGAAAGUAUGGAAACUGGCGAUUCGGACGAUAAAAACGAUGAAAAACAAGACUGCCAAGAGAAAAAUUCCAGAGGAGAUGAUGAUAUAACUGAUAGAGAUGUUAACGAUGGUUCCAGUAGUAAAGAUAAAAAUGACGACGAUAGUUCUGCAGGAAAUUCUAAAAAUCCUGGUACUGUAAUUAAACAGUUUAAAGAUAUGUAUACCGAAUGUUCGCGUGAAAAUAUUAGGCUACAUCAAAUCAUCACUUCGUUGCAAGAACAGCAACAUGGCAUGUCUCUGAAGUUACACGAAUUGCAAGAUGAUUUAAAUGUUAGAGAAACCGAAAUCGCCGAGUUGCAAAAUCGUGUCGACGAUAUCGAGUACGAAAAUUCGAAAUUACAAACGAAAAAUUGUCGAAUUGAGCAUUAUUUAGCCGAAACGUUAGAAAAGAUGAGGGCUCAAGAGCAAGCACUGGCGGAACGAGGCACGUCUAGUUCAACUUCAACUGCCGAUCCUGUAACCAAGUCGAAUGUUAGCAAUAAAAAAAUCGAGGAAUUAGCCGAAGAACUAGAAGAACAACGAGAACUGGCCACGAAUACUUUACAAGAAUUAGAAACGUUGAAUAUAAAAUAUAGAGAGAAUUUGAAAAAAGUUGAAGAGUUGCAAAUGAACCUGAAACACUUACCGGAGAGUGUGGUAGUCGAAACGCCGGAAUACAAAUGCCUUCAGUCGCACUUCUCCGUCUUGUACAACGAUUCUGUGCAAAUGCGAACGCAGCUGGAAGAGUAUCAAACUCAAAUUCAAACGUUACAGAGUUCCUAUUUAAGAAAAAUCGAGUUAAUGGAGACCGAAGAAUUAAUGACGCAGAAACGCCUUCGUACCGAAUUAUUGCAAAUGGACGAUGUUAACUCGCAGCUACGCAAAGAAUACGAAAUGUUGAGGAUGGAAUUCGAGCAAAAUCUAGUUGCGAAUGAGCAAACUGGUCCAAUUAAUCGAGAAAUGAGGCAUUUAAUUACCUCUUUGCAGAAUCAUAAUAUUCAAUUGAAAAGCGAAGCUCAUCGGUAUAAGAGGAAGUAUAAAGAACUAAGCGCUGAAUUUGGCAAAAAUAAACGAAUCCAAGAUGGACAAAAAGUACGCCAUGAAUCCGAACCCAGUGGCAGUCAAGACGUUAAAGAAAAGAAACCAGAAUUCCCAGUCAAAGAAGAGUUACUAGACAUUAAAUCCGAAUCAAUGGAUACCGAUUUUAAUUCAACAUCGGAAAACCAUUUACAGAACGCAAAUGCAUCCGUUUCGAACGAGAGUAAAAAGGAACCAAAUGCAUCUGUUAAAGAUGAACCUAUGCCCGAUGCUCAAGAAUCUUCGUCAUUGAAGAAACCAUCUACAACUCCUGUCAAGUUUCCUCCUCAGAGUGGACCAUCGCAGCCAUCGAAAGAUGCUCAAAAUAGGCCCAAAGACGCGAAAGACAUUAAAGAUGGCAAAGAUCAGAAAAAUACCGAUAACGAGUUCAUCAGAGACUUGAAAAAUCAAUUAAAGAAAGCUCUGAAUGAACAAAAAGACUUGAAAUUGCUGUUGGAUAUGCAUAAAAAAUUGAAUCAAGAUAAACGAGACAAAGCUCAGUUAAUGUUGAUCGAGAAAAAGUUACGAGCCGAAUUAGAAGAUUUAAAGCAACAAAUGCGUCGUAUACAAGAAAGUAAACGAGAAGGAUACAAAAAAUUAGCCGAUGAAGAUGCUUUGCAAAGAAUCAAGUAUCUCGAAGAACAGAAUCAUGGUUUACAGAAACAAGUCCAAAUGCACAAACAGGAAGAAGAAGCUCUACUUAGUGAAAUGGAAGUGACCGGACAGGCGUUCGAGGACAUGCAAGAACAAAAUUCCAGAUUAAUACAGCAACUUCGUGAAAAAGAUGAAGCUAAUUUUAAACUGAUGACCGAACGUAUCAAAUCGAACCAAUUGUAUAAAGUUUCUAGAGAUGAGAAGGAAGGUUUACAAGAAAUGAUAAAUGUUAUGAAUAAACAAUUGGAUUCGGUGAACAUGGUAGUCCAUAAAUUAGAAGAAAAAGAGAAAAUUUAUCAAACAGCGUUGAAUAAUUUAGAGAAAGAAAUGUUGAUACGUCAACAAACCCUAGAACUGCAUAAACGGAAAGCCAUCGAAAAUGCGCAAUCCGCUGCUGAUCUGAAAUUGCAUUUAGAAAAAUAUCACGCCCAAAUGAAAGAAGCUCAACAAAUCGUAUCCGAGAAAACUAGCUCUUUAGAAGCCGAAGCGUAUAAAAAUAAUAGAUUACAGGAGGAAAUAGGCCAAUUGAAACGUAAGGUAGAACGUAUGAAGAAAAUAGAGGCGGCUGGUACGCCCAAUAUCGUCCUAAUGGAAGAAAUACGCGAAUACAAGGAAACUCUGACGUGUCCAUCGUGUAAAGUAAAACGUAAAGAUGCCGUUUUAACUAAAUGCUUUCACGUAUUUUGCUGGGAUUGCGUCAAAGCGAGAUACGAAACAAGGCAACGUAAAUGUCCCAAAUGUAACGCCGCUUUCGGUGCCAAUGAUUAUCAUCGUUUGUAUCUGGGUAAUUGAAAAUCUUCGUACUUGAAACGUUAAUUAUUUACCAAUCGCCAAUUUCCAAUUUAAGUGAUAGCCAACCAACCAACGUGCGAAUGACGUCGAGUUGAUAAAGUAGAAUAGUUUAUUAUCGCAGUGAUUUUUUUUUUGUUUAUACUCUUAACGAGAUAUUUAUCGUUACUUGUUUCAUUUUCAAAUAAGUUCUUUCAUUUCGUUCUUUUUUUUUCUCAUUCGUUUUCGCUUGUUUGUAGUAAGAAGUGUACAAAGUUCUCCUAUCGUCGCCCCCUUUAUGUCCUCAAUCGAUGACUUAAAUUCGCUGAUAGGAUUUGAAAGUUGAUUUUGAUGAGAAUUUUGAACGAUUUAUUUUGAAAGUGGUUACAUAAUGAUAGCGGACUACUAGAAUCGUGGAAUUUUGAAAUGUUUUGUUAGGUACUUCUUUAUAUGUAUGUACAUGGAAG